AUGGCCAAUACGAUGCUGCAAUACCAGGCAACGCAAAAGGGCGGUCCCUUUGCGCUUGCAACGGUGCCCAAGCCCACACCCGAGCCUACCGAUGUAUGCAUUCGUAUCAAAGCCGUGGCACUCAACCCCCUGGACUGGAAGAUGAUGUCCCGCGGGGAGAUGGUACAGAACUGGCCUGCAACCUUCGGUCUCGACGCCUCCGGUGUAGUCGAGGAAGUGGGCGAUCUCGUCACAGCCUUCCAGCCAGGUGACGAAGUCUUCGCCCUUUGUGGUAUUGGUGGCAAGACGGCCGGCUUCCAAGAGGUCGUCACGGUGCCCCAGCACUUUGUUGCCAAGAAACCCCAGGCAUGUGCCUUUGAGGAUGUUGCAGCACUCCCUAUCUGCUACCUGACUGCUGCGUCUGCCAUUCUCUUUGGCCUCCACGUUCCGAUCCCUCACAUCUCGCCGACUGCACCGGGUGAGCCCGCACCCACCCCACGCAGCCUGCUUGUUCUCGGCGGGGCCUCUGCCGUCGGAGGCGCAGCCAUCCAGAUGCUACGAUCUGCCCUGCCCGAAGCCACGAUCUUGGUAACUGCCUCGCUCAAGCAUGAAAAAAGACUCAAGUGGCUUGGUGCCUCGAAAGUUGUUGAUCGAAAUUCCUCCUCGAUCGUAUCUGAUGUCACUUCAACAGUGCCUGGAGGUGUUGACGCCAUUUUGGACUGCGUUACGGCCGCUGCAACACAUCCCGAAGUCUUCGGGGCACUUCGUCGCGAUGGACCUCGGAUGUACUCGCAGGUAUUCACGGGUCAGUCAGUCAUGGUCCCUGAUGGAGUCCAAUCAGCUGUCGUCUUUGGGAGACAGGUCUUUGAGGCUCCUGGAGGCCUGAGUGCCAUGGCGGCCCUUGGAAAACUUAUCGAUGAGAAGAAAUACAAGUUCCCGGUACCUACCACGAUCGUCGGAAAGGGCUGGGAUGCGAUCGAGACAGGAUUGCAGCAGUUUGAGAUGGGUGUCAGCGGGCAGAAGCUCAUUGUUGUGAUCUAGCUCUCCAAUCCGGCUGUUUACUCCAGUCCCCAGGGGACUGGGCAGGGCACGACCGGUUACACAGCUUUCGCUGACAGCAUUCAGUCGACUCGUCGUAUUGCAGUUUUAUGCAACUGGUAGCGUGCCUCAAUAUUCAUGGGAGCAUUAAACACUGUCCGUGUUCGCUUAGAAGAACUACGCAUGGAUUAUUACAGACAUCAUGACUCUCGCUGUCAACGAUCAAAAGUAACGGGGGGGAUGAACUUAAAAGUCUACUUUAGC